AUGCCGAAAGUCGCCAAGGAGGUGGCUAGAAGACCGGUUCAGUCGUUGGCACGCACGGGCACAGACGUGAUCCUCACUUGCUUCAGCAUCGACUCUCCGGACUCCUUGGAGAUCAUCGCGCCGGCGACGGGGAGGCCUCAAGUGCGCCACUUCUGCCCCAACGUGCCCAUCAUCAUAGCGGGGAGCAAGAAGGGCCUUCGGAACGCUCUGCGCACGAUGCCAGAAUGCGCGAAGAAGUUGCUAGAGGACCGGUUACGGUCGUUGUCGCGCACGGGCACAGACGUGAUCCUCAUGUGCUUCAGCAUCGACUCUCCGGACUCCUUGGAGAACAUCGCGCCGGCGUCGGGGAGGUCGCAAGUCCGCCACUUCUGCCCCAACGUGCCCAUCAUCAUAGCGGGGAGCAAGAAGGGCCUUCGAAACGCUCUGCGCACGAUGCCGGCACUCGCCAAGGAGAAGUGGCUGGAGGACCGGUUACGGUCUCCGCACUCCUUGGAGAACAUCGCGCCGCCGUCGGGAGGCCGCAAGUGCGCCACUUGUGCCCCAACGUGCCCAUCAUCAUAG